AUGAACUCUGAGAAUCAUAAAACUACUCACUCGAAAGUGAUCUCUCACGCGUUUUUCACUGGUACUGCCAAACAAGGCUCUCUUGCACCAACCAUUGGUCUUCUCGAUAUUGGCGUUAGCGAAGUUGCCUACAUCUUCAGAGUCUCUCUUCCCGGUAUCGAGAAAAAUCAAAAUAUGAUCAAAUGUGAGAUCCAGAGAGAGGGAAGGGUGUGCAUACGAGGAGUAGUACCUGAGAUUGCGAUUCCGAGUGACUCGGGUUGCUUAUACAGAAUGCAGGUGCAACAGUUGUGCCCACCGGGCCCAUUCUCAAUCACGUUUAAUCUACCGGGACAAGUGGAUCCUCGCUUGUUUUCGCCAAAGUUUAGACCUGAUGGGAUCUUAGAAGUUGUUGUCGUCAAGCUCGGAGUACGCAUCCCAACUUCGUAG